UUACUUAAUCUAUUUGAGUGCGUGCGUGCAUAAAUACAGGUUUUCAGAUCUAAUUACUUAUGUUGACCUUCCACACAUACGCAACUCCAACAGGAAAAACAUCAAACCACGCAGUUCGAAAUCAUCGCUAAUCAGAUCACCAUGGCACCGAUUCUGUACCUGAUUUCUAUAAGCCCUCCUGCGCGCUCCGUCCUGAUGACCGCCGAGUCAAUCGGACUAAAUCUGCAACUCAAGGAGGUCAAUUUGCUGAAAGCAGAACACAAGAAACCCGAAUUUCUGAAAUUAAACCCGCAACACACCGUUCCAACCUUGGUAGACGAAAACGGCUUCAUCUUAUGGGACAGCCACGCCAUCAUGCCCUAUUUGCUCUCCAAGUACGCCAAAGACGACACUCUGUACCCCAAAAACGCGACAAAACGGGCUUUAGUUGAUCAGAGGUUGCAUUUCGACAGUGGUGUGGCUUGGGCAACGACGAAGUUGGUUCUGAGACCCAUUAUCUACCAUGGAAAAAAGGAAAUACUGCAAGAACACGUCGAUGCGGUACACGAAGUCUACUCUUUCGUCGAAAGUUUCCUAGAAGGCAAGCAGUGGAUAGCUGGGGAUUCUGUGACCAUAGCAGACUUUAGUUUCAUAACGACCUUGACUUCUCUUGACGUUAUUAUCAAAAUAGAAGCGACCAAAUAUCCGAAAUUGGUGGCUUAUCUUGAGAAAACUGAGUCAUUGCGUGAGUGCCAGGCCACCAGGAAUAGAUUCGACGGUUACGUUGCUCUCAUUAAAUCAAGAUUGGCUUGAAGUAUUUGUAAACAUAUACUUACAUGUAAAAUAAAUUAAAUUUAUUGAUU